AUGGCGCUCCUACAGUCGGAAUUUCGCAUCUGCAUUAUUGGAGCGGGUAUCGUAGGGCUUGCUGGAGGUAUCCUCUUGAGUCGCCAUGGCUUUCAGGUCACUAUCGUCGAGAAGGACCCUGGCCUGCAAACCGUCGGCGCAGGCAUACAGCUCCACCCCAACGCCCUUCGUGUGCUCCAAGACCUCGGCGUCUACGACGACGUCAAGGCCGAGUCCGUCCUGACGCCCACCAUCAUGUUCAAGGACUACGCCACGGGCAGGACGCUCCACGCCCAGGACGUGCGCGGGGCUGAAGAGAGGUACGGCGCGCCCGUGCUGACGGUGCACCGCGCACACCUGCGGCAGGCGCUCUACGACCAGGCCCUGGCGGCGGGUGUGCAUUUCGAGUUUGGCAUCGUCGCUCAGGCGGGCGGCGUUGAUCUUGCUGGCGGCGCUAUCACGUUGCACGCAGCCGACGGCGGGCCGUCCAAGGUAGUCUCGGCAGACCUCUUCGUAGGUGCGGACGGCGGCACCUCGGCCGUGCGGGAGGCCUUCACUGGGCGCAAGCUUUCGCUCGUCCCGCACGGCAAGGUGGUCCACCGGAUCGUGCUGGACGAGGCGCUCAUCCGGGCGCGGCCGAACCUGCGACACCUCGUGGACGCGCCCAACAUCAUCGUGUGGGCGGGCCCCGCGUCCAUGGCAGUCACCUAUAGUCUGGCAGGCCGCUUCAACAUUGCAUUUACCCGACCCGGCUCGCUGGACCCGGCGGACGCCUUCUUCCGGCCCGAGCCCGUCGACCUGGACGGGUUUCUGGCUGAGCUGGCCGUCGAAGGCUGGGACCCCGAGGUCCUCGAGCUAAUCGGCCUCGCCAGUGACUGCAUGCGGUGGAUGUUCUUCGAGCCCCUGAUCGACAAUGAGACUGUGCCGUGGGUCGACGCUGGGGCUCGAUUUUGCAUUGUUGGUGACGCCGCGCACCAGACAUUGCCCUACCUAGCCCAGGGCGCCGCCAUGGGCCUCGAGUCCAUCUCUGUGCUCGCGCAACUGCUAAGCAAGGCGCACAGCCGGGAGCAGGUAAGAGACUGCCUCGACGUGUAUCAGCGCCUACGAAAGGAGAGGACAGGCCACGUGAAUAGGGCAGGCUUAAAAAACGGGGCGAUCUGGCAGAUGCCCGACGGUCCGUUGCGGGACGAGCGGAACAGGGUUCUCCUCAACGAGACGCCGUCGGUCGGCUUUCCCAACCCUCUCGCGGAUCCUUUCUUCCAGGUUUGGCUGUGGGGGUUUGAUGCACCUACGGCGGCCAACGAGGCCUGGGAGCUACACAUGCGCCGUUCCAGCCGGUAAGCCCUGCGGGAAGGAGUAGUGGUGCUGGUCAAGGACCAUUACAGAUGGAGAAAAUAUCAAACCUACGUGUGCUUUGGACAACAUGGUUCGUGUCAUCCGAGGAAUGUAAUAAUUAUGUGCAUUAGAUUCUAUUAAGACUUAUAUCUUGUAGCAUUACUUGCAACGUAUUCUAUUCCAAGGAUGAGACUAGGAAAGGGGGAACCACUGGUCGAAGCGCCCCUGGGG